CAGACUUAGGCCCUGGGGACACAACAAUGGGAAGAGUAAUCACUGUCUAUCCUCAUAGACAUGACACACUGGCACAUUUCUAAUGCAAAAGCGUUGGGGGUCCUCAUUCUGUCCUAACAAGGGGUCUCAUUCCCUUCAUGAGCCUAAGUCAUAACCUCCUUUCUCCCUGGUGGGUAGACCACUCUCAGUCACUGAGAUUGCCCUGGGGCUUCUGACAGCCUGCUGUCAAACAAAGCCACUCUCCCAGAGCACAAGUACUGGGGAACUCAGGACCCUGCUGUCAUCCACAGGACCUGUGCAGACUCUUCUCCUCCUGCCUCCAGGGCACAUGUCAUGGGCUCUAUGGUCAGUGCAGAGGUUGGACAUAGAGAGUCCGUGUUGCAGUAGAAAGAGCCCAGGCUCUAAGAUUCAGAGAGAACUGGGUUUAAAUUCAGGCUCCGGGACUCCAAGACCGUGUGGUUCAGAAAGAAUCUUAAUCUCUGGAAGCCUCCAUUCGCCACAGACAGGGUGGCAUGAGGGUCAGUGGUCAUAGAGCAGGUGCUCAAGUCUUGUUUUGUUUCCAGGCCCACAACUGCAGCGUUUCUGAGCACGGAUAUGAUGUCACAGCCUGGGAGACCAACCUCACACCAACCAAUGGAAGUGGUCAGGCCUUUCAUCUACAUUAUAUAGGGAUCACAAUCCUGAAAUUACUGAUACUCAUCAUGAACUUGGUGGGGCUGGCAGGGAACGCAGUGGUGCUCUGGCUCCUGGGCUUCCGCAUGCACAGGAACGCCUUCUCCGUCUACAUCCUCAACCUGGCGGGGGCCGACUUCCUCUUCCUCUGCUGCCAGUUUAUAUAUAUGCUAGAUUUAUUUCUCGACUUCACUUCUUCCCAUAGAGCACAGAACAGAUUUAUCAUCAUUGUGUCAGUCUUUGCCUACAUCUCAGGCCUGAGCUUUCUCAGCGCUAUCAGCACGGAGCGCUGCAUGUCUGUCCUGUGGCCCAUCUGGUACCGCUGCCGCCGCCCCAGACACCUGUCUGCUGUCAUGUGUGCCCUGCUCUGGGCCCUGUCCCUGCUGCCGAGCAUACUGGAUAAACAUGCCUCCAUCCUCCAGUUGAAUUUUUUAAACUCUUAUGUGUAUCCUGUAUUUGAGUUCAUCACUGUGUCCUGGCUGAUUUUGUUAUUUGUGCUUCUCUCUGGGUCCAGCCUGGCCCUGAUAAUCAGACUGCUGUGUGGCUCCCACCGGGUGCUGCCAACCAGGCUCUACGUGACCCUCAUGUUCACAGUGCUGGUCUUCCUCCUCUGCGGCCUGCCCUACGGCAUCCUCCGGAUCCUCUUUUUCAAGAUACCAGAUCAACCUAAUGACGCCUUUUAUCUUUACAUGAUGGUAGUACUUCUGUCCUGUAUGAACAGCUGUGCCAACCCCAUCAUUUACUUCUUCGUUGGCUCCUUCAGGCAGCGAUGGUGGAAGCGGAGACACACCCUGAGGCUGGUCCUCCAGAGGGCUCUGCAGGACACUCCUGAGGGGGAUGAACCUGGAGAAAGCCUUCCUGGGGAAACCCUGGCCAUGUCGGGAGGCAGUCUGGGGCAGGGAUGAGAGCCUCUGUCCUGAUCAGUCUGAAGUAACUUUGAGACUCACUGCUGCCCUGCCAGGCUUGGAAAGUAUCUAGUCUUCUCUCAGCUUCAGCCUCAGAAUGUGUCAGUGAUUCGCCAAUCUCUUCAAAUAGGUUGUUUUUAAUCUGGCUGUUCUAGUUUUUCUCAGAGAAAGCAUUAGUCUGAAAAGUUAUACCUCUCCUUUGUCCUUGACAUCACCAAUAAAUUUCUCAUCUGAUCUGAUUUUUUUUUUUACAUAAGCAUUGCGUUUUUAAUAACAAUGUACAGGUGAGGCAUUGU